AGCUUUAUUAUAAAUUUAUUUAAUAUAGUAUAAAUGUCCAGAGUUUCGACAAGGGUUUGUCAGCAUCAGGUACAAAUAGUUUACCCAAAACUCUCUUUGUAUAUAUAUAGUUAUUAGUACGCAACAAAUAGGUCACAUAACCGGAGAUUAACAGCUUGAUAAAGAUUUGGCACUCUGGAGUGUUAGUUCGCUGUGGGAGUGUUUUCAACUCGAUAACGAUGGCUACCAUGAUUUUACAUUUGUUGAUGUUUGGUUCUUUUGUUUAAAAUUACACCUUCCAGCAUUUUUAAUAGAGUUGCACAGUGGAGGGUUUUUUAUGUUUUCGGUGAAUCUGGUUUCUAGUUUUCUUACGGUUUCUCCGAACAUCAACAAACACAAACUCAAGAAAGUUAACUUAAUUGAACAAAUUCCACGGGAUGCAGAAAUACCUUUACUAAGCUGUUAAGCAAUAUCUGGUCAUGUGAUUUCUUCGUUGCUGUUUGUUUUAUAUUGUGCCUAGGACUGUAGGUGAACUUACAACUACUUGUACUUGAUGACAAAAUCCUGACGAAACAUUGUACAUAUGUACUUUGUUCAACUUAGAAUAAAGUUUACUUCAUUAUCCAUUUAACUUUUAAACCGCAUUCAAACUUUUAGUUUCAAAGUGGAUUCUUGCCUACUUCCUCAUCAAGUAGCUAGGUAGUUCUUAAGUUGUUCGGUUGUUGUUUUUAAGAAGAAAUAUCCUAUAGCAGAGAAGGAUUUGAAUGGCUGCCUCAAGUUCUGCUGCCCCUGUUCUGCUUCGAAUUUUGUCAGCUUCUGUCAGUGUUGUUAAUCGUGCAGGGAGAAUAAUUAAAGAUGUUAUGAGAAAAGGAGACCUGGGGAUUAUUGAUAAGGGAAUCGAUGACCUUCAGACAGAAGCUGACAGAUCCGUACAACAUUGUAUUGUGACAUCUCUCUCUAGACAGUUUCCAAAAAUAUCUAUUAUUGGUGAAGAGGAAUUAGAUUCAGAGGGAAAAGUUUUAGAUGAGUGGAUAGUUACAAGUUUGGAUAGCGAUGUACUUGCAAAAAAAUGCCCUGAAAACUUGGCUUCCAUACCAGAAGAAAAGGUUGUUGUCUGGGUAGAUCCUCUGGAUGGUACUUCUGAAUAUACUCAAGGGCUUCUAGACCAUGUUACUGUGCUUGUCGGGAUAGCUGUGAAUGGAAAGGCUAUAGGAGGAGUGAUACAUCAACCUUAUUAUAACUAUCAGCGUACAAGGGAAAACUACCACGUUGAAAAAGAUGUCUACAAACAAGGGCGUACAUUAUGGGGAAUGAAUGGUAUAGGAGUUUUUGGAAUAGAAAAAAAGGCUCCAUGUGAGGGGAAACGCAUAAUAACCACAACACGUUCACAUUCAAACAAGAAUGUUAACUUAACCAUUGAUGCUAUGAAGCCUGAUGAAGUUUUGCGUGUUGGAGGAGCUGGUCACAAGGUUCUUCUACUUAUUGAAGGAAGGGCUCAUGCCUAUGUUUUUGCCAGCAAAGGGUGCAAGAAGUGGGAUACUUGUGCUCCUGAAGCUCUUCUGCAUAUUCUAGGUGGGAAACUGACAGAUAUGCAUGGGAAUAGUUUGGAAUAUCACAAAGACAUACAGUAUUUAAACUCUGGUGGGGUUCUAGCCACUUAUGAUGCUGCUGUUCAUGAAUGGUAUAGAGAAAGAGUUCCAGAGGAAGUUAAGAAGACAUUACCCCCUUGACUAGUUUCUAAUUUAUAAAGUUAUCUCUUUUUGAAAGAGAAAAAUUAACAGGUGAUAGAAUCAGCCUCAAAACUAUUUGUAUGUCAAUUGCAAAUACAAAUUUGUGUUUAACAGGAUUAUAAUAAUUUAAAUUGUGAUAAAAUAGUUAAGUUUUAAAAUUGAAAAUUUGUUUUAAUUAAACUUAUCAAUAUAAAUAUUUGAUGAAGCUUAAAUUUACCUGUAGGGAAAGACAUGCAAGGUUAAUAAACAAAACUGAUGUUGACAAUAUCUGAAUUGCUUGUGAUGAAGGUAACUUUCAGUUUAAUAACCAGUGUUUCAGAGAUAAAUUGUAUUUUUUGGCUGCUAUAUAAUACCUGGAGUAGCAAUUUAUUAAAAUGGAUGAUCUGGUAAUUAGACUACACAACUCUCCAUUUCCCAUUUACAAACCAGGUUGUUCAUUUUAAUAACACUCACUUACAUGCAACCUACCAACUGUUUUGUAAGUAAUAUUUUUCUGGGAUUAAUCCAUAGAAAAUCAAUAGUUUUUGCUUAAAAUAGGUAUGAACUGUAUUCCUGAAAGAUAUCCUGCACUGAAGUUAAAAAUAUUCCUUCCAAUUUUUGUUACUCUUACAAAAAAUAUUAUACAGCAAAGUCAUCAUAAUAAUUAUUUGAAGAUUAGAAAAUAUUUGAUUCGACAAAAUAAUUGAAUAACAGUAAGGGCACCAAACUGAUGAAACAUUUUAAUCUUUAUAAGUAAGAACAAAAUAAAAGUAUAUUUCAUUAGCUAUAUUCAGUACUGAGUUGAUAUUUAGUUUUGAUGUAAGGUGGUAGCUUGUUCUGAUUGGAAAUUAAUAUUAAAUACAUUUCUCUGUACUGCAUCAUUGUCAUUUUAGAUGGAGAACCGUAGCUGGUAAACUUAUGUCAUUCAGUAGUAAUAUAUGUGUAAUAUCAUUAACUUUUCUUUCAGAUAUGCCUAUUGGGCCAGUAAAGAACAAUGUAUUAUAAAUUUUCUUGUGGUGUAAUAUCACACCUACAUAACACUACUGAAUGUCAUCACUCUACCAGUUAAGGAGUUUUACAUCCUAAGAUUUGUCUUAUAAAUGACUGAUGUAAAAAGUGUUUCAACUUAUACUUGUAUGUUAUAUCUCUCAUCCAGUCUGAUGAAUGCUGGUAUUGAGCACAAGAGUGGUUGAUGUGCUCUUUAAAAACUUUUAUUUGUAAACCCAUAUUAAACUAGUAAAGAACAAUGUGAAUAGAUUAUCAGUUUCUUACUGUGAUGAAACCAAGCAUGGCCCAGUAGUUAACAUGCUGGACUAUGUAGCUGUGGUUCCAUGGUCUGCAUUCUGUCACUGUACUCUGUGGCCAUAGGUAUCUUAUAAGAGUCACAGUCAAAGUAAUGCUAUUUGGUCUGACAAGAGCAGACCAAGAGUUUGUUAUGGGUGGUGCUAAUCUAUCACCUCAAAGUUAGGGAUGACUAGCAAAGAUGGCCCUCAUUUAGCUUUGUGUGAAAUUCAGCAAAGUGUGAUGAAAUAUGACAUACUUAUUUUACUGUUAUACAGUCAUUAGUUUCAUUGAUUUAUUAACUUUUUUCUGAUUUGUUUAUUGUAUGUUAUGCAUGUAUAACCAAGAACUCAUUUAUGGUAAUAGUAUUUUAAAAUAGUUGAGAACUGACAAACAUCUAUGUUAGCCAACAUAGUUUUUAACACCAUUGAAAUAUAAUUUCUCAUUAUCAUGAAUAGAAAUACCAUACUGUAAGCAUCAACCAUUACUUCAAAAAAAAAAAAGCACAAGAUUAUAACAUAUAUUUACCAUGACCAAAAUAACCUUUUUAUUAAUUAAAGGUUUUAGAAGUAUUUGCUUUGUGGAAUAUUAAUAACAGGAUUUGAUUUUUUAGAUUGAUCAGAGGUACUGAAUGUUUUAAGAAAGUUCAAAUUUGAAAGCAUAUUGAAGUAACAGUAGUUAUAGUCUGCAUUUUAGUUCAGAAUUCCUUUAGAAAGAAAGUUGCUGUAAUAUCAAAUGUAGUUACUUAUCUUAAAAUAUCUUGUAUCUUCAAGGUAAUCAGUUUUGUUUGCACUGGAAAUGUUUGCAUAGCAUUCAUUGUAUCUUGGUUGCAAUAGUAUCUUUGGUGAUGGGAAAUAAAUUCGAAUUUACUUCCA